AUGCGGUGGGCUUCAGUCCUCUGGCUUUUGACUUUGACCCCUACUGUCGUUUCGGCAAAGGUACCACCAAUUUGGAAUCCUUCGUUUCCAUUUCGUCCACUAAAUGUUACGGGGCUUGGUCCUCUCUACGCAUGGGCUGGAUCGUACUUUAAUGCGACGGCACAAAUCGAAAUAAUUCCCGUGGUCGGAUGGAAAAAUCUCAAUGACUCACUAUGUCCGAGCCUGAGAGGCAAGACAUUCACAACGUCUUUCCCAUCGGUUCUUGCUAUCACCGAGCGCGGACCGUACAAUGUUGGCACUAAUCCUGUGAAUAUGUAUCUCACCUUCUGGGAUCCUGGCUUCAACUUUUCUACUCUUGGCAGAUCUUUUCCAGCAGGCAUAACUGGCAUCGGAGACUUGAUGUAUACGUCUAACCCAUCUUUGGCCGGUACAUUGGAAUCUUCACCGCAAGUGCCUCAAUGCCUUCUCUCCGAAAGGGUUAGACAUUCGCUGACGUUGACUAUUAGAAUCGUAUACCCGUUUUCAAAUGACACCGUGAUUACAGAAGGAAUGGUCUGGAAUAGCACUUCUGUUGCUGACAUUUUCAAUUUGACGCUCUCGCCAACUUCCAAGGCUCCAUACAAUCUCACCGCCGAGAAUGGGGGGCUUUUUCUGGACAGGGAAUUAGUUGCGUUCAAUGCAACUAUGGACUCGUGCAGUAGCAUCGAAAGUAAUGAGUACCUGAUCAACCCUGGUGCUAUACUUCGCUCGGGCAUUCCCGAGGGGGAUUGGGCGUAUCCAUCCGUCAAUCUGAACUUCGACAGCAGAACAGCAAACAUCACCGUGGAUGGAUAUUUUGUCGGAUUUUCUUCCCUGUGGGCGAAUAUAACUAGAGGGAUCCCAACAGCGGGGCCGACUACUGUUGUUGGCAAGAUCAGGUUGUCAUUUAAUGGUGUUAUUGAUACCUACCAUUCGGAUAUCCUGGUUAACAACAGCGCCACACCACAAUGGAUCAGAACUGUUGGAUUUGGGAAUAAUUCCUUGAAUAUCGGUUAUGGAAGCACGGCUCCUGCAAAGAUUUACGGUGCUACGGGCGUGUGGAUUCUCUCAGCAGCUUUAUCUGUAUAUCUCGCUUCCUUGUAUUAA